AUGCCGACACGUCUCGUCGCCCUUUUUCUUCUCGUUGCUGUCAUCUCAACUGCCGUCGCAAUGAGGGCAAAACGAGAGAACUGCAAAUCGGAAAAGUUGCGGGAGUUGGUACUGGAGACAGUAGGAAUCUAUCCACAUCAGUAUAGUUAUCAAGCCAAAUAUCUAAAACAACAAGCCGAGGAGCGCUUCGGUUUCUGGUGGAGUGCGGUGAUUGUCAGUGAGCGGGGCGGUUAUGGAAUGAGUGCUGUCUAUGAUCAAUAUAAGAAUACGUCGUGCGAGAUGUUGCUGUUCGAUACGUAUUAUUGGAUUGGAAGGACUUGUUGA